UUUACAGCCACGCAGAGGGAGAAGCAGGUAUAACAGGCGGUGUACUGUGGUAUACUGUUGUGUAGUGUAUCUUUCUUGUGGGUCCAUUCAUGUCCGAAAGAAAACGUACCGUGAAAACUGGGGACUGUAAUCCGCUUUUCCUAUUCCUUUCGUAGUGAGGUUUGAGGAGAACGUCUGCAUCCGUUCAAACAAGGAAACUACAAAGACAUACCCAUUAUGAUGUGUUAAACUAUCAAGUCUGCUACACAAGCAUCACACUACAGCACUUGAGCUUACCAGUGGGGAAAUUGUCCAGCAACUUUUCACAGAAUGAACUCGAGCAAGGUGUCAGAUUGAAAGCAGUGGAUCCUAAAGACCUCUCUUCAUCCAAAAGGCAGGGAUCUGUAUGAUGAGUUGUAUGCAAUGGCAAGCGACUCCCUUGAAGGCUUUCAUGAAGUUAACCUGGCUUCCCCCACCACCCCAGACCUGCGCACAGUGUCCGAGGCUCGACACCUCAAGCAGUCCACCGCCGCGGCCAUCCUGUACCGCACUCGCCCGUCUGUGAGCUCCAGCCCUGGCCCGCCCAACACCCUGGACGCGGCGCAGCUGCCCACCCAGCCCGUGUACUCCACACCCAGGCACCUGAGCACCGACGAGGCCUCCAGCGGCAGUGUCCUGGCAGCGGAUGUUCAGAUCGCUGUGCCCUGCUCUUCCUCCGGCUCCCAGCAUCAUGCCUCCCGGAACGAGCCUGCGCGCCUGGGGGCAGAGUUCCUCGAUGGCAGCCCGGGAGAUCGCGGGGGUGAGGAGAGUGGGGAUGUCUUUGGGCUGAGCACAGACAGCCUGUCUCGCCUGAGGAGCCCCUCCGUUAUGGAAGUAAGAGAAAAAGGUUAUGAGAGAUUGAAGGAGGAGCUUACUAAAGCACAAAGGGACCUUAAGUUAAAAGACGAAGAAUGUGAAAGACUAUCUAAAGUAAGGGACCAACUUGGGCAAGAACUGGAAGAACUCACAGCUAGCCUGUUUGAGGAAGCCCACAAGAUGGUGCGAGAAGCGAACGUCAAGCAGGCCACUGCGGAGAAGCAGUUAAAGGAGGCACAGGGGAAGAUUGAUGUUCUGCAGGCUGAAGUAGCUGCUUUGAAAACGCUGGUCCUCUCCACUUCCCCCACCUCUCCCUCUAAAGACCUCCCGCCCGGUGGAAAGACUCCGUUUAAGAAAGGGCACGCCCGGAACAAGAGCACCAGCAGUGCCAUGCUGGGCAGCCAGCAGGAGCUGAGCAUGAUGCAGCCCAUCGUGAGGGACUGCAGAGAGGUGGAUUUGCUGCUUUUCAGUGAAUUUAAAGCCUGGAGAGAGGAGCCCACUUUAGAAAGAACAUGCUCCUUUUUAGAACGAAUCUAUAAAGAAGAUAUUUACCCCUGUUUAACCUUCUCAAAAAGUGAGCUGGCGUCUGCGAUCCUGGAGGCUGUAGAGAACAACACUCUGAGUGUGGAGCCUGUGGGGUUCCAGUCCCUGCCCGUCGUCAAGGCUGCGGCGGUGGAGUGCGGAGGACCAAAUGGCCGGAGAUGUGAAAUUGUAACAAAGUGCGCACUCAGCGGUCAGACCAAAAUGUGUAAACACAGGAUCAAGUUUGGAGAAUCCAGCAGCUAUUACUACGUGUCUCCCUUUUGUAGAUAUAGGAUCACUUCAGUGUGCAACUUCUUUACUUACAUCCGCUACAUUCAUCAAGGACUGGUGAAACAGGAUGCUGAACAGAUGUUUUGGGAAGUAAUGCAGCUAAGGAAGGAAAUGUCUUUUGCAAAACUUGGAUAUUACAAAGAGGAGCUGUGACACUAAUUCCCUGAGAGCAGUUCUGACACGGCAGAGAAUCCCUUCCACUUCAUUUUCAUUAGGACAAAAUGGGCCCAGAACCCCCCCCCCCUUCAUCCUUUCGACUUGCUCCCCGACCCCUUGAAUAACUUCACCUUGUUUGUGUACUGUAUGUUGAAAUCAAAUGUGUUGAUCACUUUACAAGAACCCCACAGUAUGCCUAAUUCAAAAGAGAAGAAACAACUGCUGAAAUAAAUAUUGAUUGAAUUUUGUGUCUAAAGGUGCCAGAAAAGUUUGUUUUUUUUGUUUUUUUUGGGAGGAGGGGGUGGGGGGGUACUGUCACAUCUUUACAAGGUGUUUGAAGAAAUUGUACAUUUGAAUCGGAAGUGAGAAUUUAAAUCUAAAUUGAAAAUGUGGUUUUAUCCUCCGCGAAUGGCGGUGACAUCAUAGGUUCCUAGUUUCUUGCAACCAAUGUAGUGACCUACCUGUCAGUGAAAGUAUACAGUAUGUAUGUAUGUAUGUGUAUCAAUGUACGUUUUGAGUUUCUGCACUGGAAUCACAAAGGCUUUCCAUUAUUUUAUUUAGUGCCUUUCUGGAAUCUAUUGAAUAAAAAUGUAUACCUCGUAA